AUGCGCAAGUGCCAAAGGGAGUACGUGGAACAUGCCAUUCGCCGCAAGUGUCGAAAUCUAGAGUUGGCCCCUGAAGAUCACUAUACUCUCGCCAACAUCAAUAGUCGCUUCAGUAACCUAGAAAGUUGCGACAAAGGCUGGGGAGGAUGCCGCAGCAAAGGCGAUUUGAUACUGAAAGCCCGAGACCGGGACACCAACAUUGACUACAAAGUCGCAGUGUGGUUUCACUUCGGGGCGUUCCAGGUCCGCAAGCCCAACAAGCUAGUCACCGACCUCGAUCUCUUUCGCCUUCCAUGCUGCUUGCCGGAGCUGCCGGCUCGCAUGCCAAACAAACUGCUCGGCCCACCUUGGACUGAUACGAAGCUUGAAUUUCUCCAAUUGCUCUCUUUGGACGCGUACAUCGAUGCAGACGACACCUUCACCCGUUCGCGACGCAUCCUCCGCCAGGUCAUCCGGGACCGUGAUUUCGCGACCUUCCAGCGACUCGUCAACAUGCACAUCCGCUGCCAGUGCUACAAAUACCCAGUGCGCUGGUCUGUCCUCCCAAACCACUUCCAAGUAGCAUUGAAGUACGCGGACGAGUAUGACGAUCCAUUCAUCAAACUACUAGUCGAGCAGCGAUGGGAGGAUAUCCCUGCAAAUCUGCUACAUCUCAAAGACCAAUUGAUGUCUAAAAACUGA